AUGACGAAGCCGCAGGAACGCACCAAGGUGGUGGUGCGCAACCUGCCACCUGCACUCACGGAGGAGGCGCUCCGUGCUGUGGUAGAUAAGAUAGUCGGCGGCCGCUACGGCUGGAGCGCAUACUACCCCGGGAAAGUCAGCCUCCGCCGCACGCUGCACUCGCGCGCCUACUUUGACUUCCUGACACCCGAUGACGUCAUCGAGUUCAAAACGCGGUUCGACGGCCAUGUCUUUGUCAGCACGAAGGGCACUCAGUACAGGUGCACUGUGGAGUACGCGCCCUCACAGCGGGUGCCCAAGCCGCCCACCAAGAAGGCGCCAAUGGAGGGCACCAUUGAGAAGGGUGAGGAGGCGACACAGCAGCAGACGCAGGCGGCCGCAGCCCGCUCCCACGCCUGCAUCCCGACGGGAAACAAGGCACACGGCGGCGCGCGCCGCCGGCCGGCC